CUCCGAUUGGAUUGAACUUAGCCAGUGAACAGAGAGACGGUGGGGUCCAACUGUCCAUACAACUACAACCCAUCUCAGCUUCCACAUGGAAGAACCCGAGGCCAGCCUUGGGAUCCCUAUUCUCUGUGACCCUGAAAAGAAUGGAAAUUUCAUUCGGCUAAGUCCUACUGGUGACAGUUUACAACUAACGUUCUUGGCCAAAUGUAGCUCCAGUGACAGUUACUCUUCUCUUUAAAUUGGAAUUAAAAUACUUCUCUAUGUGCUUCUUUGUCCUCUCUCUCUCUCUCUCUCUCUUCAUAUUUCAGGGAAGUUUUACUCUGGUGUCGACUACACUCUUCGAGGAUAAAAUUGGUUGCAGAGACCCAUCUAUGCUGUAAAAUUUCUUGUUUCAGGCAUUGAAUAUGUUGGGUUCUUCUGGGUCUGUGCUUCGAUGUUUGGUUAUUGCAUGGACGCUUCACUUCGCUUUUUCGGCCGAGUAUUUCAAGCCAUUCAACGUGAGCUACGACCAUAGGGCUCUUAUCAUUGAUGGUAAGAGACGGAUGCUCAUCUCUGCUGGAAUCCACUACCCACGAGCCACUCCUGAGAUGUGGCCUGAUCUGAUUGCAAAGAGCAAGGAAGGUGGAGCAGAUUUGAUUCAAACUUAUGUGUUUUGGAAUGGGCAUGAGCCAAUCAGAGGACAGUAUAAUUUUGAAGGGAGAUAUGAUAUCAUCAAAUUUGUGAAGCUGGUUUGGUCAAGUGGACUUUAUCUCCAUCUCCGCAUAGGCCCUUAUGUGUGUGCAGAGUGGAAUUUCGGGGGUUUUCCAGUUUGGCUGCGUGAUCUCCCUGGUGUUGAGUUCCGAACCAACAAUUCGGUGUUCAAGGAGGAGAUGCAGAGGUUUGUUAAAAAGAUUGUGGAUCUCGUGAAGCAAGAAAUGCUAUUUUCUUGGCAAGGUGGCCCUAUCAUAAUGUUGCAGAUUGAGAAUGAAUACGGAAAUGUUGAAGGAUCAUAUGGUGAGAAAGGAAAGGAGUAUGUUAAAUGGGCUGCAAACAUGGCUUUGGGGCUUAGUGCUGGUGUUCCUUGGGUUAUGUGCAAGCAACCUGAUGCACCUGAAAACAUUAUAAAUUCCUGCAAUGCAUUUUACUGUGAUGGUUUCAGGCCAAAUUCUUACAAGAAACCAGCAAUUUGGACAGAGGAUUGGGAUGGAUGGUAUACAUCUUGGGGGGGAAGGCUGCCUCAUAGACCUGUGGAAGACAAUGCAUUUGCUGUAGCUCGCUUUUUCCAACGUGGUGGGAGCUUUCAAAACUAUUAUAUGUAUUUUGGGGGAACAAACUUCGGACGGACAUCAGGGGGCCCGUUUUAUAUAACUAGUUAUGACUACGAUGCUCCCAUUGAUGAAUAUGGACUGCUAAGACAACCUAAGUGGGGGCAUUUGAAGGAUCUCCAUGCAGCAAUAAAGCUUUGUGAGCCUGCUUUAGUUGCUGUUGAUGAUUCACCACAGUAUAUACGAUUGGGACCAAAUCAGGAGGCGUAUAUAUAUAGUCAACGUGUUCAUUUUGAAGACCUUAACAUAAGUCGGCCAGGAAAUGGAAUUGUCUGCUCAGCAUUUCUUGCGAAUAUUGAUGUACAUAGCACAGCUACUGUGACAUUCCUUGGUUGCAAAUAUACUUUGCCACCUUGGUCGGUGAGUAUAUUGCCGGACUGUAGGAACACGGCUUUUAACACCGCCAAGGUCAGCCACAGCCAUUUCCUCUACAUUUCUAAAUUUCUUUCAUUGCCUUAG